CGCCCCGUGAGCUUGACCAGCUGCGAGGGUGGCUGUUGCCCUGCCAACUCACGCACGGACCAUCAAAACAUCCCAGUCGCAAUCCCGGCUGGUCGGAGCCAGGCGAACUUGCGCCCCUAUUGUUGGGCUCAACAUAUCGAUCCGUAUCCAUCAUUGAUUUUUGGAACUUGAGCCUUGAGACGAAUACGACAGAUCCAUCAUUGACAUCAUGUUGGCGGCGCACCGCGAUCAGGAGAACCUGGUGCAUAGCCACCAGGUGCCCUCGAAGCAACAGCUCAAGACCCCAGGUGCACGAUAUCCCAAGACACCCUCGCGGUUUGGGCAGAACGACGAAAAUGCCCCCAAUGCAUUUGCCGGAAAGACAGGGCUCGGAGGAACCAAACAGUUUGGCGGAAAUGACAAGACUACGAUGAAAGCGAAUGGCACGCGUCAGGCCCUGGUUACUCCAACGACAGAUACCCGAAACCGAGCUCCUCUGGGCAACAAGACCACGAAUGCCAAAGCUAGGCCUGGGCAGGCGGGAGGUGUCAAGGACAUUGUUAAGGAACUCGAGAAGACACAGCUCAAGCCCAUGACCCACAAGCCCAAGCAGAUAUCCGUCGACAUGGCACCCAUCGAGUUCAAAGUUAGAAACGAGCCGAUGUCGACUGAGGAGGAGGAGCCCGAAUAUGCCCCCCCGAAGCCAAAGGACCUCCCUUACGAGUCUGACGUCUUCCCUCAAGAUCUCUUGACCCUCGAGGGCCUGAAGAGCGAGAACCUGCUCAAGGGAUACUACCAGCAUUUCUACAACCCAGUGGAUGACGACGGUGUUUCGCGUCAGGACAGGGAGUUUGAGAAGACAAUGAAGAAAGUCAUGGCCAAGGCCGAGGAACGAAACCAGCGGGACAUGGCUGCCCUGGACUGGAACAUUGCAGACGUCCCUGAGACUGCUCAACGCCAGCUUAAGAAGAAUGAUUUGCACAAGCGAUCGGUCUCGACUUCGGAUCGGAAAACUAAGAAACCUACACCACAGCAGCCAAACUCGAUUUCCUCCAGAAGAGCAGCAUCCGCUCUGUCAAUGGCUUCAGACAGUUCUAAGAGCACAGGCGUCCCUAUCACUAUCCGCUCCACCAAGGCAAGGAAGCCAUUGAGCUCCAUUCUUCAAGGCAAGCGGCCUGUGGCUGUCCCUAAGUCCUCCCUUACAGAUAGUGCUGCCGGUGAAGCGGCCUCAAGGACCACCAUCGGAUACAACCGGGGCAGGUCGGCGUCAUCGAUGCUUUACACUCAGCCCCGAGUACCCAGCGAGUCGAACCGAACCGUCCGCACAAUCAAGCCCGUGGCCUCAGUGGACUGCCUCUCCGAUAUGACCAUCACCCCUGCUCGUCUGCGCAAGGCUGCCACGAAGCAGCAGGAGAGCCAGCCGCGCCCUCAGUUCAUGUCCAUCUUUGACGAGGAAGAAGGCGAGGAUGAGGAUCUCCCUCCUGUCAGUGCCCCACUUCAGUUAUCGGACGAUGAGGAGGAGUUCGAGCUGAAGUUUGACAUUUGA